AUGACUGUAGCAGACGCACUCUCUAGAGCCUACUUACCUGAAGCUAAGUCCGAACUUGACAUGUGUGACAUCAAGGCUUUUGAUCUCCUAUCUGUGAGCAAGCAAAAACAAACAGAAAUCGCAAAGUACACUAAAGCGGAACUAGAGGCAUUGUACCAGAUAAUUGUUGAUGGUUGGCCAGACACCAGAGACCAAGCACCUGUCAGCACACACAGUUUCUGGAACUCGCGAGACGAGUUAUCUGUUAUGGACGGUAUCAUUUUCAAAGGAAUGAGGAUCGUCAUUCCACCAAGUCUUAGACCGCACAUGCUUGAACUUAUUCAUCAAUCUCACUUGGGGAUAGUCAAGUGUAAGCAGAGAGCUCGUGAAGUCGCUUACUGGCCCGGUAUGAAUUCCCAGAUCGAGGAAACCGUGCGCAAUUGCUCAAAAUGUGCAACCUUUCAGAACAAACAAACCCCAGAACCUCUUAAGCCAUCACCAGUACCAGAACUACCAUACCAAGUAGUAGGAUGUGAUCUGUUUGACUUUCAGUCCAAAAAGUACCUCAUCUUAGUGGACUACUUUUCACACUAUGUUGAUGUAGUUGAGCUGAAAUCUCCGUCAACCACCUCAACGCUGGAAGCUAUGAAGUCAGUGUUUUCUUGUCAUGGAAUACCUAGACAACUACGGUCAGAUAAUGGACCUCAGUUCACGUCACAGCAGUUCAAAUCAUUCUGUCGAGUGUACGACAUCGAACAUAAGACAUCAAGCCCAAACUUCCAGAGCUCCAAUGGGGAAGCUGAACGAGCCGUUCAGACAGUUAAACGUCUUUGGCGGAAAGCGGAUGACAAAUAUUUAGCACUACUAGACUAUCGUACGACACCUUUGGAAGGUAUUAACCUGUCACCAGCUCAGCUACUGAUGAACAGAAGACCAUGUAACACAAUGCCAGCUUCAACAAAAGUACUGAAGCCUACCGCUUAUCAUGACAACACAGUUAAAGCCCGUAUGAAGCUGAACAAAGCCAAUCAGAAAAAACACUUUGAUCAGAGAUACAGCGCAAAGGAACUAGAACCACUAAAACCCACUGAUAGUGUCAGGAUCAUGCCAAACAAUGGAGAACGACAGUGGAAACCUGGAACCGUGGUAGAUAGACACUCCUGCCCCAGAUCGUAUCUAGUCCAAGUCGGAAGGAAUCUUCUACGACGUAAUCGUAGACACUUGAGGAAAUCCACAGAUAAGGCCAACGCUGUUGAACUACCGGAAUCUGAUGAUGAAUUCGAACCACAAACCAUGGACAAUCCUCCUAGUGCACAACCUUCACCAACUAGUGAAACGCGUUGUCCGGAAAUUGACAUUGAACCUGCUUCGUAUGUUACGCGCUCGGGCCGAACUGUCAAGUGUCCCAAGAGACUAGAUUUGUAA